AAUAGACGUUCUAUCCUUCGACGACAAGGAAUCGAACGUUGGCCCUUCAUGAUUGAGGGGUAUGGGCACUAGCGAACUCUCGGAUGCCCUCAAUCCAUCUUAUGCUGUUGCUGUUCCAUAUCGAAACCGUCCGCCACAAAAUUCUUAUCCGGAGCCAUAUCAUCCCGUUGUCCAACCCCCUCAGCAGUAUGCCCCUCAUAGAAGUGAAUUAGAGCUCGCAAUCUCAGAACCUCAGCCUCUACCGCCCACCAGACAAACCCAACCCUCGACAGGUCAUGCAGUCCAUGAAUUGCUUCGGAUAGUGUCGGCAACCAGCCAGACGCAAGAGAUAGAACGCAAGAGGAGAAUAGCAUGGGAGCAGGAGCAGGAAGCGAAAUAUGCCCAGCGACAAGCAGAGAUGGAGCGCCAACUAUUCGAGCUGCGACAAGAACUCGUCACUCUUCGCACGGCAGUUCCUGGAAAUACUCAACAGAACACCGGCGCGUCUCCGUCACUUUCAUCAGCUCGCAAUGCGCCAUUUUUGCAACAAGCACAGUCCUCUUCUCUCAUUUCGCCUGUUCCACAACCACCGGGCGUGCAUUAUCCCACAUUUAUCCAAGGCUCUUCGAGUCAGCCAAUCAUCAACUAUUCUCAACAAUACGCAGCUGCUCCAGACCAGCAACAACAGCAUCUGCUACCUGAUGAGUCUCCAAUGGGCGCCAUGACACCAUCACCUUCCCCACAUCCCAUUGUGCCCACGCAACGGUCCCGGAAUACAGCAUCCAAGACGCGCAAAAAGCGACGAGCAUCAUCGAGCAGUAGCGAAGAAUCAGAUUCUGGUAGUAAUUCGGACAGCUCUGUCCUGAUGCGCGAUCGGAAAAAGAAACGUCGAAAUCAUCACGAUAAACGUUGUAUCACCAUCCAUCAUGCAAUGAGAACGCAUAUAUUGCUGCUCAUGGAUGUCUUAAAUGCAAAUGAUCUUCCUGAUAGUCAUACCGAAGGCCAAUCACUAAAGGACACCGACCCUGUGCGUUUUGUUUGGGACAAGACGGCUAAACAGUCUGUACACAACGCACGUAUGAAGGCUCGCAUUAUCGCCAACAUCAAGGAGAACCGUCGACGAUACAAAGAUCUUCCCGACGGGGAGUUCAGCAAGAAGAAUCUAGAUUCCGCUUUCGACCAAUGCUUCACUACUUUUCGGCAGAAGUUCAAGGCGCAGCGGGAUGAUAGAGAAGCUGAUCGUGCCAAGGCUCGGGAAGACCGGAAAGCACAUAAAGCCAGGCAUGUAUCUCGCAGAAAAAUCAAACUCACGAAUCGUGCCGAUGCACGCUUGCGCAUUGAAGCUUUCGAGCAUAUAGCUUUCGAUGGCACAUUCCAACUCGAAUGCAUGUCUUCCGAUGAUUCUGACUCCGAAGACGACGGUUUGCUGUGUUCCCGGGGAUAUCCCUGGCGUAGUAAGCGUCUGAUCAGAUUCUACGAGAUACUGGACAAGGAAGACAUCGGGGACAAGGCGUCCAAACCCAAAAGAGGUGUUGGAAAGAAGGACAGAGCGGUUGGACCAUUGAAGGAAGGCUUCCAUCUCCCUCCCAAAGGUGUGGCUAGUUGGAUGAUCAGUCGACGAUGGAUAGCCGAAACUCAGUUGACGAGAUCUGACUUGCCGCGUUUGCUGGAACCGAUCCUUAGUAACUUGCCUGAUUUCGAUUCCGUGGUCCAGAAAUGUACUAUCCUGGAUGAUGAUAGCGACGACGAAUACUUUCAGCGUACGAAUCCCAAUACGACUUUGAACUUGCAACCAUUAUCUAUGCAUUACAAUAUCGCCAAUAACUCAUCUUUGCAAUAUGCUUUCUCUUGAUAACUUAUAUGGUUGUAGCCAACUUGGUAAACAUUCAAUACACGAUUUCCUCGUUUAUAUUUAGUAAACUUUGUGUCGUCUGGCAUUCAUCUGG